AUGUUUUCGAGAAAGCUGAGCCUGAUGGAGCUGGUUUACGGGCAGAAGGGCAGCGGUGGCAUGAAAGGAAAAGGAAAAGGCUUUGGGAAAGGAGCUAGUGGUGAGGGAAGUGAGGAGGAGGAGGAUGAGGAGCAGGAAGAGGAGGAAGAGGAGCAGGAAGAGGAGGAAGAGGAGCUUUUUCGGCCAAGGAGGAAGCAGCAGGACGGGUCUUCCUCCGCUUCCCAAGCUGCACUCACUGAUGAUAUAGAUGCGGAGGACUGUGUGCGAGUGCGUCCAGAUGCAUUGAACCUGGCGCAGUGGGACGAUCCCGAGGUGGUCGAAUCCCUCAGGGACCGGUUUGUGACUGGGAACUGGUCCAAGGCGGGUGAGAGGCGGCGCAAGGGGGGAGCUAAGGGGAAGAAAGGCGGGGGAGAGGACGGGGGGAGUGAUGGGGAGGAGGAUGGGGAUGGGGAGGAGGAUGAGGAGGAUGAUGUGUUUGGCGAUUUUGAGGAUCUUGAGACUGGGGAGAAAUUUGGACCUGGGGGGAAAGGGGAGGGGGGAGGGGAGGAGGACGAGGAGGAGGGAGGGGAGGAUGGGGAAGGGGAGGAGGGCGAAGGCAAGAAGUUUCCUGGAAGGGAUCCGGAGGAGAAGGACUACAUUGAUAUUUUGAAGGAGCAGCUGGAAGCAAGGAAGCAGAGGACGGAGGCGGCUCUAGCAGAGGUGGACGAGGCUACCCGCGUGGCAAUGGAGGGCUUCCCCGUGGGCGGGUACCUGCGCCUGCUGUUCCGUGCACUGCCGGGAGAAUUCAUGCUGCACUUUGACCCGCGGGUUCCCGUGCUUGUGGGAGCAGUUCCACCCACGGAGGAAACGCUCGGAUACCUGAGGGUGCGGCUGAAGAAGCACCGGUGGCACCGGAAAGUCCUCAAGACGCGCGACCCCCUGGUCCUAUCAGCAGGAUGGCGGCGCUUCCAGUCCGUGCCCGUGUUCGCCAUGGAGGAUACCAACGGGCGACACAGACUCAUCAAAUACACACCCGAGCACAUGCACUGCCUGGCCGUCAUGUGGGCGCCGCUGCUGCCCCCGAAUACUGGGCUGCUUGCGCUGUCGUCUGGUGCUGCCAGUGGUAGCAGCAAGCAGGCGUCCUUCCGCAUUAGCGCCACAGGAGUGGUGUUGGAGCAGCAGCAGUCAGCGCAGGUGGUGAAAAAGCUCAAGCUGGUGGGCACACCCGUGAAGAUCUUCCGUCACACCGCGUUCAUCAAGGACAUGUUCUCCUCCCAGCUCGAGGUGGCGCGAUUCGAGGGGGCGGCUGUGCGGACCGUGUCGGGCAUUCGCGGGCAGAUUAAGAAGGCUCUAAAACACGGGCAAGGCCCAGAAGGCAGCGUGCGAUGCGCCUUUGAGGACAAGAUUCUGAUGAGCGACAUUGUCUUCCUGCGCGCCUGGGUCAAGGUCACCGUGCCCAAGCUAUACAACCCUGUCUGCACGCUGCUCCAAUCAGCAAGCGCCACGUGGCAAGGCAUGAAGACCGUGGCGGAGCUCAGGCGGGAGCAGCAGCUGCCCAUCCCCGUUAACAAGGACUCCCUUUACAAGCCCAUCGAGAGGCGCCCGCGCUCCUUCAACCCUCUCAAGAUUCCCGCGAAGCUGCAGGCUGCUCUACCCUUCUCUUCCAAGCCUAAGGACGAGGCUCGGCGCACAACACCGAGCCUGGAGCAGCAGCGGCCGGCAGUGGUGAUGGAGCCUCAGGAGAGGCGGCUGCACACUAUGGUGCAGCAGCUCAACACCAUCAAGAACCAAAAGGUGAAGAAGCGGAGGGAGACGACGCGCAAGAAGCGAGCGGAGUAUGAGAAGCGCAAGGCAGCAGACGAGGAGGAGCAGAAGUACAGGCGUCGUGAGGAGAAGAGGGAGAAGUACAGGAAGGAGGCAAAGAGGAAGUUUGGGGGUGGUAGGGGUGGGGAUGAUGAUGGGGGGCAGCCUGGAAAGAGGGGUCGCGGGCUGCAAGCGGACUAA